AUGAGCAGACGACAAUCGCGUGUUUCCAUCGAUGUUCGCCAGAACGACACCCUCCUCGAGUUCGAGAACUUCAAGAAGAAAUUUCUCCUUGCCAACAAGCACAUCACAAAGUUGAACUCGACCCUGAGCGCGCGGAUUGAAGAACUCCAGGCCCAGAUUUCUACCCUCUAUGUCGAGAACCUCCGACUCCGGGCCUCGGAAAUAGCACUCACAUCGCAGUUGAAGAAGGAGAGGGAGAAGUCGAGGAAGAUCUUGGCAGAUACGGAGUCCGCGACACACACUCUCAUGAAACAGUUGGGACUCAUCCGAAAGUCUUUUGGUGUCCCUCAUGGACGAUCUUCUACGCCGGAGUCCCAUCCUCAACCUCCACGCGCGAAGCGUCCCAUCCCUGAUCCUAAUGUUUCCCCGCCGCCCAACCGCAUCGCUCGUCCUCCGACCAUCCCGGUUCUCUUGGAGGACGAAGAGCCAAAUCAGUCUUCCCCGGAAGACAUUGACGUUGACGAGCUACGGGAGUCCAGCCCGACUCUGCCGAAGAAGCGCACUAAGACCAAGUCACGGAUGUCUAGUACGAGCCGUCUGCCGGUUCCCUUGUCGAAGUCACCACCACCAGCUGUCGAGGUGAUACAGCUUGAUUUCGAUGAUCAGCUGAACAAGACUGGAAAGCGACGACCCUCGCGGCGACAGAGUGGUCUGCUGACGAGCGUCUCCAUCACGGCUACCGUUACAGACGGUCUUGAUCGCCCUCCAAGCCCCGCUCCCGCUUCGCCAAUGCGCAGAGCCCUGGAAGAGGACGAAAUAGCUGCCGCAGAGCCCGAUGAGGACGAGGUUGAGGCGAUACUUCAGAGCGUGACGAAGAGGAAGAGCAAGAAGGACAGGGAGAGCGACCGCGUGCGUGACUCUGACGUCGAUAUGUACGCGGAGGUACCUCGACCACGCGAACGCAAGAAGCGCGUCACAGAAGAGCCGCUCGAGGUCCCUGAGGGCAGUAAGUCGAAGCUCAAAGACGUCACCAACGCUCAAGCGAGUCGUGCUACCCUGCCCCUGCUUGACACGAUGUCAGAUCGGGACCGACAGCACACGCCGGACGUUGAUGCACCCACGUCUGCUACUAGCUAUGCUAGCACCUCCACACGCAACUUCCUCUCCACGCCCGCUACGACUCCUGCGCCUCUGUCCAAGCCCCCAUCACAACUGCUCACGCCACGCUCCUCAAGCCCUGUUGAGCCUCCGCCUCAGUCAGAGUCGGAGCCCUCAACGACCGGGCGUGAGCGCAGGGUUCGAAAGAGCAUCAACUAUGCGGAACCAAAGCUCAACACGAAAAUGCGUAAGCCCGAUCCGGUCCCGUCAGCGGCGUCGGCGACGUCGAAACGCUCUUCCACCUCGGGAGCACACGAGGAACCUCUUCCUCUCUCUUCCCGAUCCUCAUCGUCAAACACCGCAGAUGCCGAAACCGAGCCCGCGCUUGCGGGCACCACGCGACGCAAGAAGUCCCGGGCGUAUGCUCUUCCGGAAGACGAGGACGAGAGCGAGGGGACUCAAGCUGAUGCUGAGUUCGGCGGUUUACGCACCGGAAACUGGGGCAGUGUAGACGCGCGGCGACGCAGCGUGCACGCAUCGAGCGCACGCAGGGUCGAAGGCGACGACAUUCGACGACACAGUAUGGCGGUAUAGCGCUUCUGGCAGAAGGCCACGAGUCCUCCCAUUUCUGCUGUCGGGCUUUGGUGCGGAUGCAUGGCCGACCGCGCUCCCAGAGCCUCAAACCUAUCCUCGUAUCCGAAACAUAUCUCGAAGCCCGGCAUCUUGAGACAGUCCUGACGAUGCCGGCGCGACGGUGCUGGGCACGAAGAUGAUCGUCGCGCCGGCUGCGAUGCGUUUAUGACCAUGGUUGAUGAUGACUUCCUAUGAUAUGAUACGCGAUAUGUAUGAUCCGCGAGACCUUUUUGGCUGCAUCUUUUACUUACGGCGUCUUUGCGCUAUGCACUGGACAUAUAAUUCUACCUCCUGUCUACUUGUUAGCGCGCCAAGGGAACG